AUGCAUUGGGCGCAAUACGCGAACAUUCUCGCGUUGAGCAUUGGCGCGGCCAUUCUCUAUACCGUCACCUACUGCAUUUACAACGUCUUCUUCCACCCCUUGCGAUCCUACCCUGGCCCGAAACUAUGGGCUUCAUGCUUCGUCCCAUCCGCCAUCCAGGCUCUCAAAGGGAGACUUCCAUAUGCCAUCAAAGAGCUCCAUGACAAAUACGGCGAAGUAGUUCGCGUCUCGCCGAACUACCUGUCUUACGAUAGCGACCAAGCUUGGGAGGACAUCUAUGGACAUAUCAAGGGAAAGCACACCAAGACCUUCGAGAAGGACUACUCAUUCUAUGGUCCUACUCCAUCAGGAGCGCCAAAUAUCAUCAUGGCUAACGAAAUGGACCACCGCCGCCUCCGCAAACUCCAAUCCCACGCCUUCUCCGAAAAAGCCCUCGCAGAACAAGAGCCUUUCCUCCUUCAGUACGUCACCAGCUUCAUCGGCGGUCUCCAAAAGCAAGUCACCGGCCCCGCGAAAGGCAUCGUUCCCAUCUCCAUGUGGUUCAACUUCACGACUUUCGAUCUGAUCGGCGAUCUCGCGUUUGCGCAUCCCUUUGGCUGCAUUGAGUCCGGGAAACUGCACCCCUGGAUUGCUGUUACGUUUGACUACAUCAAGAUGAUGGAGUUCAUGCGUUUGACCCGCAUUUUCCCGGUCAUUGAGAAGUUGCUAGAGAUGUUGAUUCCGCAGAGCCUGAAGGAUGUGAGGACUAAUCAUGCGAAAUGGAGCGCGGAUAAAGCGCAAGAGCGAGUGAGGAUGCAGACGGAUCGGAAAGAUUUUAUGUCGUAUAUUCUGAGAGAGAAGGGGGAGAAGGGCAUGUCACCCGAUGAGCUGAACGAGAGUACAUUGAUCUUGGUGCUGGCGGGAAGUGAGACAACGGCUACAGUUCUUACAGGAAUGACCUACUUUGUGCUCCAACGUCCUGAAGUCUACGAAAACCUGAAGAAUGAGAUCCGAACCGCCUUCAAAUCAAGCGAAAACAUGUCCAUCGUAUCCGUCGGCCAGUUGAAAUAUCUGAACGCUUGCAUCGAAGAAGGCCUACGUAUGUUCCCACCAGCACCAACAGCAUUGCCUCGAAUUGCGCCGAAAGCUGGAGAAGUCGUAUGUGGCCGCUUCGUUCCUGAAGGUACGGAGGUAGGUGUUACAGCGUGGGCAGCCCAUCAUUCGAAGCGCAUGUGGCGGGAUCCGGAUUCCUUUAUCCCCGAGCAGUGGUUGGGCGAUCCAAAGUAUGAUAGGGAUCAUAAGAAAGCGUCGCAGGCAUUUUCAUAUGGGCCUAGGAACUGUCUUGGGAAAAAUCUGGCGUGGGCAGAGAUGCGCCUUCUAAUGGCGAAGUUGCUUUGGAACUUUGACCUCGAGCUUUUGCCAGAAGAUCGGGACUGGAUGGAUCGGAACAAGAUUUUCAUUUUAUGGGAGAAGGCGGAGUUGCAUGUCAAGUUGACUACGAGGGCUUAGGGGUCCAUAGUGACUACGAAUAUCACUAAGGUAGUAACGGCAGCAUCGACAGCACCUUUCAGUUGCAACGAGAUUUCUGGCAGUCGGCUUGAAACGGCCUGUUAUCCUCCUGCAUUGCUAAAUGGCGUCUAGUGGCAAUUUGGUGGGAUGUGCGGCAGUGUGAGCCGUGCCGAAAGAUGUGGGCGCGAUUGUAUGGAAUCGAUCCUGCCAUGAUAUCCUGUGAGACACGUGUACCUGUUUUAAAAACGAUAGUAUUGUGGUGAUAUUUAUAUUGGUGGGUUCUAGCUUAUUAGUAGGAAACUCAUAUGGCAAAAUCACAAGGUAGUAGUGUCACGAAG